AUGUCGAGCACAAAUAAAUGGAAAGCGGUUUUCAGAAAUGACAGAGACGACCCAGAUGAAUUUGUGUUGAGCCUGGCCUGUAGUAACUCCAACAGAUUUCGAAAGCCUAUCAUCUUGAAGCCAGGCAUAAUUGAACAGAGAUCGGAGGGCAACGAAGUCAUUCAGCGAUGGGGACUCCCGACUCCCUGUGAAUGUGAAGCCCGCGACAACACUGCAGACGUCAUAGUCUCCACCAUUGGGUUCUGGAAACCUUCCGCACUAUCAAAAUUGUUGGAUCUCAGCGUAUCUCAAUUUUACUGGAGUACAUCUACUUAUAAUAUGGACUUUUGCGUUAGAAGAUCAUGGAAAUAUUUACGAGUCACGCUCGACAAACGGGCUCUAUCCUAUCACAUCGAUGACGAUGGUAGAUGGCAGCUAUUGGGAUCUGAGCGCUUGGGUAUUGAGGAGAUUUGCACUCUGGAAGACCAUUAUGAAGAAAACUGGCAUGAGUGUCAUAUUGCGAAAAGCGACCGAAUUAUUGCUGGGAGAUUGGGUCAAUCUCUCCCCUGGCACCUAGAACUCCUCAAAGAUUUCGAAUUCGAGUGUUAUGUCACUACGAAAGAUGGACAUUGGAUAGACAUCGACGAAUCAGAAGCUGCUGGCGGAAAUGAAACCGUGGCGGAUAAAAAAUCGACUCCAAAGCAAGCAUUCGUACAGUCAGGUAGCGAUACCGAAAUCGAGACCGUGACGAUGAACGCCACUGGCGCCAAGAAAACGGAUCAAACCCGUUUGCGAGGAACAAAAAAGAGAAAGUGCGCAGCGGAAUGA